AUGGCCUGCCCUGCACCGCGUCUACUGGGGUUUGCUCCUGGGGAAGAGGUACAUUGUAUUUUGCCAGAAUCGCUUAGCGCAACAAUUGCCAACGCCCUUCCAUCGAGUUGCCGUUCGGUUGCUCCUCAAGAACCCCAAUGGCACCUACUCUACAGUAGUCAGAUUCAUGGACGGUCGUUUCAAAAGCUUGUCCAAGGAUUAGUAGACAAGGGUCCAACCUUGAUUGUGAUCAAGGCCCAGGAUUCAGCAAAUGUUUUUGGUGGCUUUUCUGUGGAUUCUUGGCGGACAGUUGCCGCGCGAGAAAAACAAGACAAGAGUCGUUCUGCGGCUGCUCGACGUGCAGCCCGCGAAGGACAUGGCACACAAGGCGUCACUCAUCGACCUGUAAACCAAAAUAAGGCUUUCUUUGGUGGCGAGGGCUGCUUCUUAUUUACCGACAAGGAUGGCGGUGUAAUUUAUCGCGCGAAGCCUUCUGUGAACUCAAAUUUCAUGUAUUUUUUUGAUUCGCAUCCUCUUAGUGACAAAAUUGGGAUUGGCAUGGGUGGAGAGCCCGGACAUUUUGGUUGGUUUCUAGACCGUUGGCUAGAGCGAGGGGCUUGCCACGGUGUGCGUUGCGCCACUUUUGGCAACCCCCGUCUCACUGACGCGGAAGAGUGGCAGAUUGACGUCGUGGAAGCCUACGCGGUGCUACCGAAUAUCGUUGAGGCGCUUUCAAAAGCACCUCAAGCAACGGUUGAGGAUGAGUCUUGCUUGAAGAAGCACACCAACGACGCAGACAAGGUGUUACUCCAGCUUUCUGGGUUUCACACAUUUGACUGUCAGGAGCGACCGGAGUGCUGA